AUUAAAAAUUAUUAUUAUUUCAAUUGGGAUGGACUAAACCCCUGCAAAAACCCUAAUCCAGAAAAGAAGAAGAAGAGAAGAGUGAAAAUGGGGAAGAAGAAGAAAGAACAGUUAGGGAAUCUACUAGACACCUUAGGAGACUUCACAAGCAAGGAAAAUUGGGAUGAAUUCUUCAAAAUCCGAAGCUCAGACGAACCAUUCGAGUGGUACGCAGACUGGUCCCAACUCAAAACCCCACUCAUUUCCCACUUCUCUCAAAACCCCCAAAUUCUCGUCCCCGGUUGCGGAAAUUCCAGGCUCUCCGAGCACCUAUACGAUGCUGGGUUCAAUCAAAUCACCAAUGUCGAUUUCUCUAAGGUUGUUAUCUCCGAUAUGUUGCGUCGCAAUGUUCGCCAACGACCUGGUAUGCUUUGGCGCGUUAUGGACAUUACCAAAAUGCAGUUUGAAGAUGCAAUCUUUGAUGUUGUAGUCGAUAAAGGUGGUUUGGAUGCUUUGAUGGAACCAGAAUUGGGUCCUGAUUUAGGGAAACAAUAUUUAUCAGAGGUUAAAAGGGUGUUAAAAAUUGGUGGGAAGUUUAUUUGCCUUACUUUGGCAGAGGCUCAUGUUCUUGGUUUGCUUUUCUCUACAUUUCGCUUUGGAUGGAAAAUGAGUAUCCAUGUCAUACCUCAAAAACCAUCUAGCAAGCCUAGCCUUCAAACAUUUAUGGCGGUUGUGGAAAAAGAGUCAUCAAGUAUGCUGCAUGAGAUAAUGUCAUCAUUCGAUAAUUCCUCUCUUGUUUGUAGUGGAGAUCAGGCCCGUGGUCUCUUUGAGGCUCUUGAGAGUGAGAAUCAAAUUCGUAGAGGGAACUCUAGUGGUUCUGAUAUCUCAUUUUCUCUUGAAGGCUUGCAACUUGAAGAUAAGCCGGAUUUGUCAAAGCUCAGUGAAGGCCGUCGGUUGCAGCUUACAUUGGGAAGACAAGGGAGCUCCUGCUUCAUUUAUAAAGCUGUUCUUCUCGACUCUCAGUCUCAGUCUGGCUCAUUUCAAUACCAUUGUGGGGUUUUUAUUGUACCUAAGACUCGGAGUCGUGAAUGGUUAUUCUCCUCAGAAGAAGGACAAUGGAUGGUUGUUGAAAGUGCAAAGGCAGCUCGUCUCAUAAUGGUUUUAUUGGACAGUAGCCACGCCAAUGCCAGCAUGGAGGAUAUUCAGAAGGAUUUGUCUCCCCUGGUUAGACAAUUGGCACCUUCUGAAGAUGAUGUUGGAGCUCAAAUUCCGUUCUUGACGGCGGGAGAUGGGAUCAAGCAACGAAAUGUUGUUAAUCAGGUCACAUCUUCAUUCACUGGGCCAAUAAUUGUUGAGGAUGUGGUAUAUGAAAAUGUCGAUGAUGAUGUUAGUCGCAUUUUUCCAACCAAAGAUUUGAUAUUUCGACGUCUUGUUUUUCAAAGAAGUGAGAGUCUAGUGCAGUCUGAAGCUUUACUAACAAAGGAAAGUUCUCAUAAAACUGUUGGUGACAGUGAAAGGAAGAAACCCGUCUCAUCUUCCAAAUCUAAGAAAAGAGGAACUCAGAGAAAAACUGGUGAAUCAUUCAACCAGCUGAAGGUUUAUCAUGGCUAUCUGGCUAGUUCUUAUCAUACCGGGAUUCUUUCUGGAUUUGUGUUGAUUUCUUCUUACAUGGAAAGUGUGGCAUCUAGUAACACAUCAGCUAAAGCAGUUAUUAUUGGUCUUGGAGCCGGUUUGCUUCCUAUGUUCCUUCAUGGAUGCAUGCCCUUUUUGCACGUUGAGGUGGUGGAGUUAGAUCCAGUGGUUCUUGAUCUUGCAAAGGGCUACUUUGGUUUUACCGAAGAGGAACAUUUGCAGGUACAUAUUGCAGAUGGUAUCCAAUUUAUUAGAGACAGUAAUGUGGUUUCUAAUUCUGGAAAUGAUGAUGCUGCUUCUAAUGGAAUUUGCACGACAUCUCAUGGAAAAGGCGGUGUGAAUAAUACAAAGGUGGACAUAAUCAUCAUUGAUGUUGACUCUGCAGAUUCAAGCUCUGGUAUGACUUGCCCGGCUGCGGAUUUUGUAGAACACUCAUUUCUACAGACUGUAAAGAAGAAUCUUUCUGAAAAUGGUCUAUUUGUUAUUAAUUUGGUUGCGCGGUCCCAAGCUAUUAAGGACCAAGUUAUUUCGAGGAUGAAAGAGGUCUUCAACCAUCUGUUCUGCCUCAAAGGCGAAGAAGAUGUUAAUGAAGUUAUUUUCGGUCUUUGUUCAGAGUCCUCCAUUGAAGAGGAUUGCCUACCAAAAGCUGCCUGUCGACUCGAGAAAUUGUUGAAGUUGAAACACCCUGAGAUGAGCCAAAGUUUGAUUGAUGCUGCAAGUAAAAUUAGAAGAUUGAAGUGAAUUACAUCUCUCAAAAGUUCUACUUUUCGGGUUGAAAUCUCUGGUUGCUAGUCCCCCAAUGAAAAUUAUAAAGGGAAAAAAGAGCAUCGUAUUUGGCUCCAAAUAAUGCUGCAGCAAAUGAGAAAAUAUGUUUAGAUUAAACAAAAAUGGUUUGUCAUAUUAGGAAAAAUAUUUAAACAUUUUCUUUUGUCACCCAUGUUAAUCUCAACCUUUAUUAUUACGAUUUUUAUUGAGUAAUGAUAUGUGCACCAAAUUAUGGUGUUUAGGGUUUA